GUAACAUCAGUAGGACACAACCUUUGUAGUUCUCUCUCAAAGAAGCAGAUAGCUGCUAGUUUCACCUGGAGCUGUAGUGUAACUUGCAAGUUGCACAGUGAGUUCUUGCUGCGCAGGAUUCUUUUCGCUGGACAGCGCGCUGUGUUGCCGAUCACUCAUCACUGACGAUGACUCUGGCAACGUCCAUGUGCCGGGGACUUGCGAGCGGGGGGCGAAGAUGUAGGACGCCAGCGCCGGCGGCGGCAUGGCCACUGGUGCAACGCGGGCUAGAUGUUAGCAGCAAACACACAGCAGUAGGACCUUCCUCUACCAGAGGAUGCGCUACAGUGGUAGCCGCGACACCACCAGCAGUAGCAGCCGCGGCAGCACGAGGAAGAGUGCUGCAGGCAGGGCUCCCGCCUGUCUACAGACCAGACGCCGGCAAUGGCAACGGCGGCCGAGUCAGGUUCUCGACCACCGCUGGUGCUGAUGCCGCCACCGAGGACACGAGUGGGCCGCCAGCUGCAAAGGCCGACAAGGGGGGAGGGGGGGGCGGUGGCAGCGGGGCGCAAUCAGGGGACGGGGAAGCCGCCUCCACAGUGGAUGAGAACCCGCUGGGGGGUAUGGUGGACGAUGAUGGGGACCCGGGGCCGCCGCCGCCGCUUGACCCGUCCAUCGUCACCGAACCGUCACCCAAGGUGCUGGAGGUGAUGGCGAGCAUCGAGUCUUUGAACUUCGUCGAGAUGGCGAUGCUGAUCGACCUGUUCAAGAACAAGCUUGGCCUGGAUGAGCUUCCCACACUAAGCUUCGGGGGCGCGGACGGCGGCGGAGAGUCUGGCGGUGGGGAUGAGGACGCGCCCGCCGCCGCCGCGGAAAAGACCAUUUUCAAGGUCAAGGUCACCGGGUUCGGCGACAAGGCGAAGAUUAAGGUGAUUAAGGAAGUGAGAGUCAUCACCGGUCUUGGGCUGAGGGAAGCCAAGGAGAUGGUGGAAAGCCUGCCCCAGGUGGUGAAGGAAGACUUGAAGGAGGAUGAGGCGGAGGCAAUGAAGGCCAAGCUAGAGGCGGUAGGAGCCACGGUGGAACUUGAGUAACGGGGAGAGGGGGAGGCGGGGCGAAGGGGCGACGACUAGAACGAGCGAUCGAAAAGCCUGUUAUGCGCGUUGCAAGCGGGAAACUUGAAGGUGGUCUGGCGUAGUUGCGGUAGCUGAUGUACGUUUGUACUGUUCCGCGAGUUCUGGUGUCGUUACGUUGUUCUUGUGCUUGUGCGUCACAUAACCGUCGGAUUGCUUAGUGUCGUGUAUUUCUCGGAUUGGUACGGAACAUGGACAUCAUGUUCGUGGACUUAGUCGCACUGAGCACAAGACGGGGGAAUGCCGUCUAUAAUUCCUCUUACACUUGCCUGCCGCCCUCUCUGGCCCGGCCCGCCGAUUCGGUGUGUAACUCUUACGGUUUUUCGGUUGUUGGUAGAGCACGUGCUUAGCGAGGGUGGCUCAUGAGAGAUGUUUCUGCUGUGGUGUGUUUUUCAGAGUGUCGCUCUUGUGCCGAAGAAGGUCGCGCCCGUCAGUGUCUGUGCAAGGGUUUUCAAUCCGUCCGUCGCCUCGUGUUGUCGGCACCGCACCUACCACGUAGCGCUUGUGUUGGCCGCUCGAGGCCACACUCGUGUUACGCGCACGAAGAGGCUUCGUUGUUGUGCGCAGAGUCCCGCCAGGUGCUCCUCUUUUCAUCUGUUCUGCGAAUUUCGGUGUACGUAGCACGAAGUUCUACAGUUUGCGGCCGGUACUUGGGAUGGUGUCGGAUUUGGCAAGAGAAGUAGGCCAAGAGCUAAAUAUACUUGAGGGUUGACGGCAUGCGGUAAUGAGGUGGGGUUGGUGCAGGGGUCCGAAAACGAAAAAUAUGUUAUCGUUUGGAAUCCGUGUACAUUCUACGCACGCACGUCGACAUCAUGGCUUGAUUGAACUCACACGAAGAGGGGAGCAUGUAGGUGGCGUGAGCAGUGCAGCAAUGUUGGGUGUGCGUGUGUGUGUCGUUUGUGCUUGGGGCUAACGAAACCGACUUA